AUGCACAAUGCAAACCAUAUCUUCAACGCUAUCCAUGCCUCAAUGCGCCUGUGGGGCUCAUCACUUCAUCACAAUGGCAUGUCAUUCUUCCUGGCCACUGUCCCGGAGGGCAUCCAGCUCUAUCACGGAAACGCCCGAUCAGACCCUAUCAAGGAGAUCGGGUGGAUGGCCUUUGAACCUGACCAUGCGAUGGUCUUUGCUCGUCCGUCUCAACGACCGUCUCCGGCUAAGUUUCAGGACGAGCAUUUACAACAUGCAAUGGCGCCUGAGGAUCCGCCUGCGGAUGAUUCAGGUUUCCUACAUACGUUCAUAACUGCGAAGGAACUGCGUCUUGUUUAUAUCGAUGGUACCUCUGCAGGUAAAUCGCAGAUUGGUACUCUGGACUCCCAGGAUCGUAUUUUGUUCAAUGAUACCCUGCAUGGUGGUGUGGGGAUGGAAGAUCAGCGGGCGAAGGCUGUCUGUCGUAUUGCGCAGACGGAAUGGGAAGGACGGAUUGAUGGUGUUAUUCGGAUGGCUGCUGGAUUUGAGAUCAUUCUAUGCAAUCCUGAGGUAAAUCUGGUACCUGUGCAGGUGACCCAGGUCAGAUACCCUGGUUUCACGAAGGGGCCAAACAAGGAUGGAACGGGGAAGCCGAAGGGCAAGCCCGGUGAGCUUCUCAGAGCAGUCACAUCUCGGUUUCAUGGUAUCGGGGGUGAGCGGGUUCGAGUGAACUACGAUCAUUUUGUUACGGCUUAUAGCUACGAUCUUGACUUUUUCCCUGGGGAUAGCAAGCUGCCGCGUUUGACACAUUUGUCAAGCGAAGUGCUACAGCCUAUCCGUGAUAAUUUGACGCAUUUGGUGCUGACGCACGAUCCCAAUGAUCACUCGGUAAACUGGCAGGCUGUUGCAGACCUGAUUGUUGAGAAAUACGGUCGAUUUCUCCAUGGCCUACUACCACGGAAACAUCACUAUGGUGACUCUGAUCUUCCUGAGUUUAUUGUUACCCAGAUUGACCGUCUCAUGGCACCGUUCAUCGAUGUCCGAAGCGAAGAUGACGAGCAGGCUAUAAAGCUCUGUUCUACCCAGUUUGUUCCACUUCCCACUAACAAUUCAUCUCUUGCUCACAGAGCGUUGUACACUGUUAAUCACCGGAUAUGCUCGACAUUGAUAGCUGUAAGAAAAGAGACUGACCUCCGGACUAUGGUCUCUCCGAUUCGGGACUUGAUGGGUUAUCUGGACUGGACGGUGUGGAAGGAGUGUCGUGGGUACCAUGACGAUGAGUUCUGUGCAAUUCCCAUCUGGCCGCAAGGAUCACGAGAGGAUUAUCAUCAUCCUCGACCGCAGAAGUAUGAUGAGGCAUAUCAAGGGGAGAAUGAUUACUGGGGACCUGUAUGGGACUGA